AUCAAGUUUUGGUGUGAACCUUGGAACCCUUAAAGCUUGAGGGGUUCGCCUACGAAAGCUUGUCGCUGUUGCUACGAAAUUCUUACCAUAUCACCGCGCUGGAGCAUCGUGACGCAAUACCCUCCUGCAGCGCAUUCUGGUUAAGCCCCACGCGACAUUACCAUGGCUUCAGCCGCAGAAGUCCAGCCUGGCCUAUACAAUGCGACUGAUGAGAAAGGCGACAUCGAACGUAGAGGCAGCGUCGCAAAAACAGAGAAAGGAAGAUGGGAAAGGUUAUGGCCUGUGAUCGCAUGCGGAGCUGGACUUUUCAGCGAUGGCUAUCUCAACAAUGUACGCAGAAACCGACCCAAAAAGCGACAACAAGAUAUUCUCCAACGCGACAACAUCGAUCCCCAUCCCAAAGCAACACCGCUAUAUACGAGUAAAGACUGGAACUGUGAGAACAGAAAUGCUGAUAGAGGAAUUGUAGAUUAUUGGACCGGUCAACACGAUGCUGAAGACUAUUUACCCAGAUUCGUAUGCGAACUCCUCUGCUCAAGCAAACGUCGCAAGUAUAACUUUUGCUGGCACAGUCGUUGGGAUGUUGUUCUUCGGGUACACAUCUGAUCAUUUUUCAAGAAAAUGGUCGUUAUUCACUUCGACCAUCAUCAUCAUACUUUUCGCCAUCCUGGGAACGGCGUCUUAUGGAGCAGGUGGAAGUCCGAGUGGUUUAUUGACGGCGCUCGUUGUAUAUCGGUUCUUUCUCGGAAUAGGCAUCGGUGGAGAGUACCCAGCGGGCAGUGUCGGUUGUGCAGAAUCUACUGGCGAACUCAAGCAAGGCACACGGAACAAAUGGUUCAUCCUCUUCACCAACGUGCAGAUUGACCUGGCCUUUUUUAUCAGCGCCAUCGUCGCUACUGUCGUCGUCCUUGCUACAGGGGAGAACCAUCUACGCGCCGCCUGGCGUAUCUGUCUUGGUAUCGGUGUCAUCCCGCCUCUCUCGCUACUCUACCUCCGAUUGAAGCUACAAGAGCCAGAGGCAUUUAAGCGGGAGUCUCUGGCCAAAGCGAAGACACCAUGGUUGCUUAUCAUCAAGUACUACUGGUUCCGGCUCAGCAUUGUCAGUAUCAUCUGGUUCAUCUAUGACUUCAGCGCCUACUCAUUCGGUAUCUACGCGACAUCUAUCUUAGCCAAUCUACUGGGCGAAUCGGCGCCGUUAUGGAAGAGUCUGGCGUGGAACAUCCUAAUCAAUUUCUUUUACAUGCCCGGCUGCCUUGCUGGUGCUUUUGUUGCAGAUCUACCAUCCAUGGGCCCUAAGAAGACGCUAUUUAUCGGCGUAACGCUGCAGGGUAUUAUCGGAUUCAUCAUGGCUGGAUGCUAUCCUUGGCUGAACAAACCCGAGAACGUUGCUGGAUUCGUCGUGGUAUAUGGGAUUUUCCUUGCGCUAGGCGAAUUUGGCCCUGGCGAUAACAUUGGUUUGGUUGCGUCGAAGACCUGUGCAACUGGAAUUCGUGGCCAAUACUACGGUAUCGCAGCAGCCGUAGGCAAGAUUGGUGCGUUCGCUGGAUCCUAUGCUCUCGAUGCGUUACAGAAGGCUGCAGGUGAUGAUGAAAUAGCUGCAGGCCGUAACCCUUUCUUCGUCGCAUCUACUCUAGCCUUCGUAGCUGCUGGUCUGGUGUUGCUGCUUCCGCAUAUCGGCCAGGAUACAAUCGACCAGGAGGACGUAAAGUUCAGAGAGUAUCUCACCGCAAACGGAUAUGAUACAAGCAAGAUGGGCCUUCAGAGUGGAGAUGCGGCGGGUGUCGAGGGUGACGAGAAUGGCGUUGUGCCCGUUGAGCAGACAUAUGUGAAAUAAGUGGGUUGGUCUGGGUUGAGGAUGAUGUUCGAUGAUGACAAAGACCUCUAUAGGUACAUAGGUGAUUGAACACCCAUAACAACACGCAUCAAUCUCCGCUACA